AUGAACGAAAGCACUGAUCGCCGGCCUGUGGCUUGGGCAGUACAGACAGGCUUCCCUCCACGCAAUGUCAUGACCUCGAAGGGAGUGAUCAGUGGCACCGGGCAUUUCUGGUGGUGGCUGGGCACCCGCAAAGACUAUCAGAGGGCCAUUGAUGAAGUGAUUUUACAGCAGUUCCCCAAACAGCUCUUGCGCUGCAGCCAGCAGCACUUGCCGGGCUAUUUAUCCUCGAAAUGCCAGUCAUUGGGCUAUGAACCUUGCCGUGGAGGAGGCUGUUGUUGUCCAGUGGGCUACCGGGUUGAAGGAGAUCACUGUGUGCCGUGUGCUGUGGUAGAGCAGGUCAAAGCCUUACAUGAUCUUCCUUUGGUCUACAUUCUGCACCCCGAGUCCGGCCGCUUUGCCUUCUAUUUGAUGUGUUUCCUUGGCAUGGUUUUGCUGCCGUUGCCCUGGGCGAUCUUUGCGCAGAUUGCUUGGCGCCAACUGCGCAGCAGUGACCAGGAUCAUGUGCGCCACUACCUGGUGCACCACCAGCGCGAGGCCGUCGCGAAAGCUUGGCGGAGUCAGCGGCGUGGGCCGAUGGCAGUGACAGUGAGCUCGAUGUCGGGCCAGACCAAGGAACUCAGCGGCUUCUUCUCCACAUCCUUGUUGGCACACCUUCGGCGUGCUGUGGCAGAUGCUUUUGGCGUGCCCUUCCGAUCUUGUCAGCUCGUGGUGAGGCAGCAAAUCCUGCAUCCUGAGAUGGACUUUAAGACUUUGAGCGACGCCAAUAUCAGCCAUGGAAGCAGCCUUUUUCUGGUUUGCUCGAACAAGGAGUCGCGACGUCAUCUUGCAGGGUCGUCUGAGUGCAAUGCUCUGUCUUUCUUCGGGCGCACAGCCCAGGUCUAUAAGGCUCUGGAAUGCAAGCAUUCUGAGCAGCUGCGCAUGCAACGUGCAACUGCCGCGAACCUGGGAGAGAAGUACACACAAGGCUGGCAGUGCGACGGUUGCGAGCGGCACUUUGAAGCCUUCACGAAUUUGUGGCGGUGCGAAGUCUGCGUCGUGGACUUUUGCAGUGACUGUGCGAACUUGACCAGCUGA